GAGAAGGGGACGGCGACUGGACCAGCGUGGCCAAGGCUGGCUGGCCGGGCGUCUGUCUGUCUGUCCGUGGACCCGGGCGAGUGCUGUGCGUGCAAGAGAGAGAUGAAGGAGGAGGAGGAGGAGACUCUGACACUCCGACUUGAGUGGCCUAUGCUACAGCUUGCUUCCAUCCGCGCUUCGAUUACAAAUUAACCCCGUCCGCCACAAGGAACUUUGGAUGGAACACACAACGGAAACGGGCCAAUGCCAGAUCCACAGAAUCACAGAUCUGAUACGACCAAGAACUUGAAUUUUCCGUUUCGGGAUUUCCUAUUCCUAUUCCUGUUUCGUCACCCGACUGUGAAUAAUUCAUUUUACUCACCUACUUAUAUGUUCUGUAGACUUUCGACUCACCCGUCACUCGCCGGCUUCUGCUAAAAGCCGCAUACAUACCCACCACACUUGCUUUCGUUCCCUUCAGCCCUCCUCCCUGCGAUGUCCACUGCUGCCACUGCCGCUGUCGCCGCCGCAGAGCCUACAGGCGCCACUUCGCCCGCACCUCGACCGCUCACCUCUCCGCAGCUCCUGCCGACCUGUGUCCCACGAGCGGUGUCGGAUCCCGUCUCCGCGACUUCCUCACCUGCGGUUCCGAAUACAGUCACGGCAGUGUCACCGCCAGCCCUUGCUCCACCAUCACCGUCGGCCGCACAGGAUCGGCCGAAUCUGAAGCGCAAGACCCCGCCUUCAGUCUCCCCUGGGCUCGACGCAGAUGCCGACGCCGACGCCGAGGCAGAGGACGACGACGAAGAAGAAGACCGAAAACCACUCAUCCUGGCCCCCGGCUCGCCUGUGCCCUCCUCGCGCCGUGAAUGCAGCAGCGUGAUCUGCAAGGCGUGCGGGGUGGUCGUGCGCAUCGGUGAGAUGUGGGACACGCAUCGUGGUACAUGCGCCGGUACCGCACGGCCUGCCCACUCGCACACGCACUCACACUCAAACCCACAUGCUCACCCGCAACCGUACCCCCAACUCCACCAGCAGCAACACCGCCACCAUCAUCCAGCGCAGUAUGCGCCGCCCCCGCCGCCCCCGCUGCCAGCGGUCGAGACGACGUCCUACACGUCGAUCCUCAGCGGCCUCCCUCCCGCGAAGCGCCGGCGUGCCAAACGCACGGAAGACGAGCGCAUCGCUUACCUGCGCGCCGACACUCAUGUCGCGCAAUUCGAGGCGUACCGCGUGCUGUGCGCGAGCUGCGACAAAUGGAUCCGGCUUCGACCGAACUCGACAUACUGCUCGAUCCCGUGGGACGCGCACCGGAAGAGCUGUCUCGCGAAGAAGAGCCACGCGAAGAACGCACAUGCAUACGCUCUCGACGAGCGGAAUGCGGCAUUCGCCAAGGAUCCCGAUGUGCGCAAGUUCGAUGCUGAGCGGCUGCUAUGUGGAGUAUGUGAUAAGUGGAUCGCUCUCCCCGUCGACGACCAUCUCGGCGCCGUGCAGAUGUGGGUACAACAUCGCGACGGAUGCCGCAAGAGCGUUGGCGCCGGGAUGCGGGGUGUUGGCGUCAUGACCUCGAACGUCAGAGGUAUGGUCGACCGCGACGGUGCCGACGACGAAUGCAAGCCACCUCAGUCACCACCAUCUGCCGCAGCCCGCAGCCGCACGCCACCGGCCUCAUCAACAUCGUCUCGCAAACACCCGUACUCACCGCCCCCUCCGCCGCCGGCGCCCGCCUCGUUCCCCGCCCCGUUGCAUCUCCCGCUGCCUGAUGCACCUCAUGUAGUGCUGGACUUGUCCCCCGCGAACUACGCCGCUCCGCACGAGUCCCGGCGGCGGAAUGCGGAGCAGCGCGCUGCGACCCUGCGUGCAGACGUUCUGAUCAGGGAGGUGGAGCCGAACCGGGUCUUCUGCUCGCUAUGCACCAAGUGGGUGCAGUUGCGUCAAGACAGCAGUUACUGUGCGUAUCCGUGGCUGCAGCACCGCGGCAAGUGUCUUGCGCGAUACCAACGACGGGCACAGAAAGCUGGCACGGAGGGUGCUAAAUCUAACGGUGGUGCGAGCAAAACCCGCUAUUCGGAGGAAGAGAAGGAAGAAUGCGCCUCUGAGUUGGAUGAUGCGGCUCGCCACGCCCAUCGUCGACGCGGUCCGGCCCCACUGCCAGCCCACCCGCCACGCCAUUUGCCACCCGGCUACAUCUCGGCUCCAGCCCGCGAGUCUGGUGCCCAGGACGGAGACGCCGAUGCCGACGCAGAGGGCGAGGACGUCGAUGCGGACGGGGACUCAUACAUGGAGGAUGAAUCGGCGUCGGCGGUCGCUCCUGGUCGUGCAUACACGGCACCACAGCAGAUACGACGUCCGCCGGUUCGGGCUUCGCUGGCGGACCUGGACUCUCCAGCAGGACGGCGGCAAUUUAUCUCUAUUUCUAUCGAGUAUCUGUUCCACACUACACACGAAGCCAGCGAUGACCUCAGUAUUUCGGCGCUCCUCGGCUACCUUAACGCGGCUAUGCCCAUCGAUAAGCACGAGGACUUUGAUUUCACCGAAGUAACCCGGGUCGCUACUGCGUUCGUCGCUCGGGAGGGACGGUUUGUGCUCGAAGGCGACCGGCUAAGGAUCCGGGAAUGAUUGUUUCUUGUACUUGCUAUCUCACUUUCGAGGACUACUUAUCUGAUUGCAUCUCACUUUUGUACCUCACUACUCACAUCGUGCUACUUGCUUUCCAUCUGUAUGUACGCAUCAUCUCAAUAACCGACACCAUCUUGACGCACAUCACACAAUACCAGUCUAUGUGCUUUGAUAUUGAAGCGGUUUGCGUGAAAUGUGCAGCUCAUUGAAAUAACGGUCCUUCAUCGCUGAA